AUGGCACAUACCGACCCCGAGAAAGUCGGGACCGCCGACGUGGUCAAUCUGUCCCAGCAGCAGAGCCACAAGGACGAUUCCCUGGAGGACCUCACUCAAGACGCCGACCACAGCCUACACAGGCGUCUCGAGGCACGCCAUGUGACGAUGAUCGCGCUGGGCGGCUCUCUGGGGACCGGCCUCUUGGUCGGAACCGGCGCCGCCCUCGUCAAGGCCGGUCCAGCAGGCAUAUUCAUCGACUACACCAUCGUCGGCUGCAUCGUCUUCCUCGUCAUGGCCGCACUGGGCGAGAUGAUCGCCUACAUGCCGCUCUCGCACGGCUUCGGCGGCUACGCCACGCGCUUCGUCGACCCGGCCCUGGGAUUCGCGACAGGCUGGUCGUACUUCUUCAAGUACCUCAUCGCGGCGCCGAACCAGCUCUCGGCUCUGGCGCUGAUCCUGAAGUACUGGGCCGGCGACAGCGUCUCGCCCGCCGUCUUCAUCUCCGUCGCGCUGGUCUUGAUCUUGCUGAUCAAUUGUGUCGGCGUCAAGUACUUUGGCGAGUUCGAGUUCUGGCUGUCGUCCCUGAAGGUCGUGAUUAUCCUGUUCAUCAUCUUGCUCCUCUUUGUUCUUGCCGUCGGUGGCGGUCCGACGGGCGACCGUCCGGGAUUCCGGUAUUGGCGGGACCCCGGCGCCUUCGCCGAGUACAAGGUCGACGGUGCGACGGGCCGACUCCUCGGCAUCUGGUCCGCCAUGGUCGCCGCAGUGUACGCCUUCAGCGGCACCGAGCUCGUGGGCGUGACGGUCGGCGAGGCCAACCACCCGCGCCUCAGCAUGCCCAAGGCCGUGCGCUUCACUUUCUUCCGCAUCCUCUUCUUCUACGUCGUGUCCGUGUUCCUGCUCGGCCUCGUCGUUCCCUACGACUCGGACGACCUCGCCUUCGCGAGCAAUGCCAAGACCUCGGCCGCCGCGUCCCCGUUUGUCGUUGCCGUGAAACUGGCGCAGAUCAACCAUCUCGACCACGUCAUCAAUGCCUUCCUGCUGAUAUUCGUGUUCUCGGCUGCUAAUUCGGAUAUAUAUAUCUCGUCUCGCACGCUGUAUGGUAUCGCUAUCGAUGGGAAGGCUCCGCGGUUCUUUACGCGCACGACGAAGCGCGGUGUGCCGAUGUAUGCGAUUGGAGUGUCGGGCUUGUUCUGCGGUCUGGCGUACUUGUCUGUCGCUUCGAGCGGCGCGACCGUGUUUGGGUACCUAACAAAUGUCGUUACAAUCUUUGGUCUACUUACGUGGAUUUCGAUCCUCGUCUCUCACAUCUACUUCUGCGCCGCUCGGAAGGCCCAAAGCAUCGACGUCGCGUACAUUCCCUACCAGGCACCGCUCGGGGCGAUUGGGUCGUACAUAGCCCUGACCUUCCUCGUCAUUCUCGUCAUGACCAAAGGCGCCGAGGUCUUCGUUGGUAAAUUCGACUACAAGAACUUCAUCGUCGGUUAUAUCGGUAUUCCCGUGUACUUGGCCCUCAUUUUCGGCUACAAGCUCUUCAGGAAGUCGCACCACGUGUCCGCAACGGGAGCCGAUCUGCUCACCGGUGUGCCGCGGGAGACGGUAGCCGAGGAGAGGGAGAAGUUCGAGGCGGCGCGAAAGGAGAGGGAGGAUGCGAUGGGCAAGGCGAGCGUUUGGGUGCACAUUUAUCGUAGGACGCUGACUUGGCUGUUUUGA